AUUGGAAGAACACUCAGACUGACCGCAAACAACAAGUGUAGCCCGUAUUAUUUUCGUACGGAGUAUCAUGCUGCCUGGAUUCAGCUCUUCCCUCCUUGAGUUCGCGUCUAUCUAGCUGUUCGAAUUUUGAGCGGUUAUUGCUCAUCCUAUGCCUCGUCCGUACGAAAUGGAACCGUCCUUCGUCUCCAGGGCUCGUACUGCCAUCCAUUCCGCUGCAUCUAAAGCGGAGAAAGUCUUUACGGAUAUUAAAAAAUCUGAUCCCGCCAUUGAUGGAGUUGAAGCUGAAAAUCUGGAUGUUCCAGUCGGAGGAGAUUCUGAUAAGCAGUCGCCGGAGACAUCAGCUCCUGAAUUGAUUGAUAAUUGGGACGAAGGAAAGGGUAAUAAUGAAGGGAAGAGUUUGAGGUGGAGACCAACCCAAAUAAAGACGAAGCAGGAUUGGCAAGAUAGGCUAAAGAACUUAAGAAUAGGAAAAAGAGGAUCACAGGAUAAGAAGAAUUCUACUAUGGCAUAUGCAAUUUUUGAUGAAAAUUUAUACUUGUUGAGGUAUAAAGAAAUUCAGGAGCAGGAGGAUGCCAAAUCAGUUUCCUUGUUCGAAGAUUCAAACCUUUUGGAUACAGGGUGCAUCCCUCCAUCUACUGUCGUGAAACAACUAGCUAUAGCUAUUGAGUCUGGAAAGAAGUACAACUCAAUGAAAGACCUCCUGGCUUCGUCAAGAGGUUCUUCACCUAUAAGAGAGAAAGCUAGCUUGAGCUUCUCUGCAAUGAAGUCACUAGUGCUACGUGAAAAAGAUGAAAUAAGUGAGCUGGGGACUGACAAUAAAGAUAGCUGUCUAAUCACUUCACUGCUAGAUGCAGAAGGACAUUCCCCUGAUUGGAGGGUGGACAGUGGUUCAGAGGCAUCAACAAACUCCACAUCUAUACCUAAAGACAUUCACGGUGCUCCUCCUGACUGUUUUGUAAUUAAACUUGCUAAAGUGAUUGGGAAUCUGAAAUCAUUGCAGAAAAUGGCAUCAUUUUGGAACAAAAUUGUUGCCGAACUGAGAAGGGUUUGGUCUGAGGAGCAGUAUAUCCCUGGCAUUCCAUCUAAUGAGAUUCCUGACCUAAAUUCCUGCCUUUUGUAUCAGCAGCUACAGGUGAUUAACUGUUGUGUUUCCAGGAAAAGGCGCAUUUUUCUUGCCACAGAACAAUUGGAUUCUAUUAUGAGUCUAGCUAAUUCAAAUACCAAUAUCCCUGAUUUGGAGGACACAUCUCCUGGAAGUCGUGUAUUGUAUGCUAAAAUUGCUACAGGGGAACACAUUAUUCGCUUAGGAGCUAACAAACUAUCUGAUUUAAGAAUGUUGGAAACGGGUGAACCUAUAUAUACACCUCUGAUACAGGAAGCACCUUUGUUGACAGAGGAUCUUAUAAAAGAAACGGAAGAGUUUGUACUACGAACGGGGAGUGUUGGUGCGGGGUGCUCUCAACUCCUAUCUGAUAUGCAGGCUUUCAAGGCAGCAAACCCUGGUUGUAUAUUAGAAGAUUUUGUGAGAUGGCAUUCUCCUCCUGACUGGAUGGAGGGGGACAAUAGUGAAUCUAACGAAACAUUUGAAAGCAGUGAUUCAUCCCUGAGAGGCCAACUGAGUAAUCGGAUGCAGAAAGAAGGUAAUCUAUGGCGUGAAUUGUGGGAAACCUCAAAACCAGUACCAGCUGUCAGACAAACACCCCUCUAUGAUGAGGACUUGGCUGUGGAGGGUAUCCUGGAUGCCUUGGAAGAUAUCUCACCAUCUGUGCUUUUUGAACAACUGUUUAUAUCCCUUCUGGGUGUAGGGUUUGUGAUUGCCGAGUCAACCCUUUCAUCAAAUCCCAGCUUGUCAGGGUUGUUUCGUGAGUGCAAAGAUUACAUUGUUGCAACUUGUCAAAAUAGCACGUGGGUGAAGAAAAUUGAUGAUAUAUGUCAGGUGUAUGAAACAGUGGAGACAAUGGUACAUAGCCCGGAUGAAGUCGUGAAAAUGACAGUACAGUGCGGAGAGAACACCCCUCCUGUUAAUGAGCUGAAAAGUCGCUUCAAGAGACUAAGCUCCAUCUUUGGUAGUAAUAAGGAUAAGAAGAGUGCAGGGAAACCAUCCCCAACAAACCAGGAGGAGAACCUUAUAAAGCAAUCACUCUCAUCUAUUUUCUCAAAGAAGCCACCAAAACCAGGCAACCUUAGUCCAAUUGAUACACUUUCCUCUUCUGUUGAGAAUGAUUGGACUAUUGUAUAAAAUGUCUCACCCAAAGGUACAACUGUACAUUAGUUUUUUGAGUAAACUAUAUGUAUACGAACCUGUGGACAAAAGACAACACAGCAUAUUCUAAGUAUAUGAUUGGUAUAUAUAUUUAUACUUUUUUUAGAAUUAAAGGCACACAACUUCAAGGACAAUGUAGGUUGUCUGAGUUUGCCCAAGUUCCAUGCAAUCGUGUUUUUUUCUUCCCCCCCUUGGCGCUUUAUAGUUUAGCAGAACUAGCGGUAUCUGGGAAACAAACUAAGAAAAUAUAUAGGCGGCAUAAUUAAGGGAACUAUGAUACACGGCUAGGGGUGGACAUAUGUUUUGGGCCAGUAGGUUCUGACCACUUAAGGUAGUAACCAACUAACCACAACUGGAACUGUACAACUUGUUUCUUUUUGCAUCCAAUUAAACCGACAGUUCCAGACUUUGAGAUCUAGAUAUGGUUCAGUCUCCCUAAUUUCGAGACAUUUAUUAAAAAGAAUGGGAAAGAGCUGGUCUGAUCCUCUUCUGUAAACAUCGGAAUCAGACCUGAAUCAAACGGCAAGAAUGGAAAAUAUGCAGUUUCCGGUAGCAGUUCUGCUUAUGGACUUGAUUCAGUGUUCGGUAAAAACUAGAUUGAUCCGGUGGAAGUGUGGAACUGAAGCUGUGUCCAUUCCUGUAUGGGGUGCAGGCAAGCCUGUCAAUUACUCUUCUUCAGAGAGAGGUGGGGGAGUGGAAUUUUGAGACCAUGCCAUGGCUUCUUCUGCUGUUGGUUCUUGUUCCCGAGGUAGGUGGUGGGUUUACGCAGAACGCAAACGUCACCCUUGCAGACAUAUUGACUGCUUGUCACCGGUGACUCCGAAAAGCAGCCACAUAUUUGGAACAAAGCCAUUGCUAGGAAGAUGGAGGAGAUGGAUGUAGAUGAUUUAUUUAAGAGAAAGUUUCAUUUGCAAUCUUCUUUGCAUACGCCUCUUUUAUUUAUAAUCAAUCAAUUGAAAGGAUUGCACUUGUUCUGUCC